CUAAGAGCUUUGAUGAUGUUGUUGUUGUUGUUUUUUUUUUUUAAAUUUUCCCUGCAUGUUUGGACCUUGUGGUUUGUCUUGCUUCAGGUGAUGAUUGAUUUUCAAGCAGCUGAGAGGCAGAGACUUGAAGAACCUGCUUCUGAAAUUGGUCUGGAGCCUUUGUGUGCAAUGGUUAACAAUAAUCUGCGCUGCUAUGAUCUUGCAAUGGAGCUAAGUAAUAGCACCAUGGAAGCUCUUCCACAAAACUAUGCUGAACAGGUUAAUUUUGAAGACACCUGCAAGGGUUUCCUAGAGUUUGCAAAGGAAGCUGUUCAGCAAACAGUUAGUGUAAUAUUUGAAGAUCCAGGAGUGCAGGAGUUACUUGUAAACCUUUAUCAGAAAGAGUGGUGUGAAGGACAAGUUACGGAGUCCCUGGUUGCAACAUUUGGUGAUUAUUUUACAGAUGUGAAAACGUACAUUGAAGAAAGAUCAUUUAGGAGAUUCGUUGAAGCUUGCCUGGAGGAAACAGUGAUUGUUUACGUUGAUCAUCUUUUAAUACAGAGAAACUAUAUCAAGGAAGAUACUAUAGAACGGAUGAGGCUGGAUGAAGAAGUUCUUAUGGACUUUUUUAGGGAAUAUUUGACUGUUUCUAAAGUUGAAAACAGAGUCAGGAUAAUGAGUGAUUUAAGAGAACUUGCUUCAGCAGAGAGCCUGGAUACCUUCACGCUCAUUUACACAAAUAUUCUUGAACAUCAACCUGACUGCCCGCCUGAGGUUGUUGAGAAACUUGUUGGUCUACGGGAAGGCAUACCGAGGAAGGAUGCAAAGGAGGUAGUACAAGAGUGCAAAGAGAUUUACGAGAAUUCUUUUGUUGAUGGAAACCCCCCUAAGGCAGGAUUUGUUUUCCCAAAAGUGAAGUGCUUAUCAGCUUCCAAGGGAUAUCUAUGGCGAAAGCUGACUUAGUAAUGCAAUUUUGAUACCCGUAACCUGUGUUUGGAUCGGGAAGACUAUACUGUUGCUGUAUAGACACGUAAUCUCUUUUUGAUGGAAAGGUCACAUUUGUAUUGAUUGCUUCUAUAAAUAGUGAAUAUUGCUUCUAUAAAUAGUGAAUAGUCUUUGGAUCAGAAAGACAAUGCUGUUUGUUGUAUAGAGCUGUAAAUCUUAUUCUUUUAUCGAAAGGUGAUAUUUGUAUUAUUUUUAAUUUUAUUAAUAGUGAAGAGUCUUUUCUGUC